CUUAUUUUUAUACGUCACAAAACUGCAUAUUCGUGUUGGUUUUAAUAAAAAAUCACUGUGUUUAUCGGGGUGCCUUCCAAAUAAAUAUAAAAUUAGAUAAACUCUCCGAGCUUCGCACAAUGUUAAAGUGUUCGUACUAUAGUAAAAUAUAAACUACUUAAAUAUGACUGCAAAUUGUAUACGUGUAGUGCCGGCGAUGGCUGCCGUUGUUAUGGCUUUAAUUGUUUACGCAACGCUACAAGUAGCCUCGGUGGAGGGGAGGAACGAACCGCACAAAUUUACCGUGGACGAGUUAUUGUCUGCGCAUUUUGAAUACAAAGAAUCAGGAGACAUCGGAAUGGACCCUUGUAAAGCUGGAAACUUUCAAGGUGACAUUGCGAUCCCGGAUUCAGAUCUUUAUAAAACGGCGACUAGCCCUCCGGUCAAGAUCGACAAGUCCUUCCAAGAAGAAGUUGAACGAUUGAAGAAGGAGGUUCUGCUCGAAGGUCUACAGGUCGAGGAGGAAGGUCUUCCGGAUAUAUUAAGGAAAAGGACAAAACAGCCCGUCCAACUAUCUCAAGACAAGAAGGGUUACAAUGACGCGGCUCUUAUGAGUGAGUCACUACCAGAAGGAGUAGACAAGUCGCUUAUGCUCAAAAACGGCAAACUACUUCCAGAAGAAAUCCUAGAUAAUAGUACAGAAUUUAACGAAACCAAAUCCGAUGUUCACAUUGCAAACAGGUCCAGCGUAGAGAACAUUUCCGAAUCUGAGAGCCUAGAGCAAGACGGCGUACUGGUUGUAAACAUAUCUACUGACAACAUCCUCAAUUUGGACGAACUGUAUCCUUUUAUUCAAAUAUCGAAUGCCUCAAGGAAACAGGACGAAAAGACAAACAAAAUCCAGAGCAACAGCCGAGAAAUAACAGGAGAUUCAAACAAUAUACAGUUCAAAGACAUACCAGAGAACGUGACGAUGGCUCCUGCUCCCACAAAUGGUUUUUUAUCGAACAGCGACCAAGACGACGAAAAGGAAAUCAAAAAAACUGAACGGGAAUUAAAAGUUAAGAAUAUUGAUUUCUUGAAACCCACAGAAAGCUUGCAAAAUUUGACUCUCGAGAAUCCAGGAAGAAGGAAUCGAAGAAGACGCAGACACGGCAAUCGAAGAAGACUAAGAAACAUAAGUUCGGGCGAAAGGAUUUCCCCGAAUUCACUAAGCGAAGGACGCUCCGUAGACGACCAUUUCGCGAGAAAGAAGUUUUUUCGUCACCACAAGAGGCACAGCGGCAGCAAAGAGUACAGGAGCUCGGAAAGGAAACUCGAAGUACCGGAACACGAAUUUGAAGAUAAGUUCGAAGUGAAACCGCCGCCGAAAAAUCUAACGGAAUUCGAUCCGUUUAAAGACAUGGUCUUUCGGGACACCGAAGAAGAUUUAAUGAUGGCCGAAAGUAACCAGUACAAUUCCACCGGGCCUAAAAAGCGACACCGCACGAUCCGGGCCGCCACAAACCGUAAGGAACGUAUCUGGGACAACGGUGUCAUUCCUUACGAGAUAGAUGGAAACUUCAGCGGCGCCCACAAGUCAUUAUUCAAGCAAGCUAUGAGGCAUUGGGAGAAUUUUACUUGCGUCAAAUUUGUCGAAAGGGAUCCAGAAGUGCAUAAGGAUUACAUUGUGUUCACGGAACGGCCUUGUGGCUGCUGCUCAUUCGUCGGCAAAAGGGGCGCAGGCGCCCAGGCUAUAUCAAUUGGGAAGAACUGCGACAAAUUCGGCAUCGUGGUUCACGAGCUGGGCCACGUUGUCGGCUUCUGGCACGAGCAUACGAGGCCCGACAGGGAUAACCACGUGCAGAUCAUACGGGACAACAUCAUGCUCGGCCAAGAAUACAAUUUCAACAAGCUAACAGUUGAAGAAGUAAAUUCGCUAGGACAAACGUACGAUUAUGAUUCAAUAAUGCAUUACGCACGAAACACGUUCAGUAAAGGAUCAUUUUUGGACACAAUCCUGCCGUUGGAGGUGCACGGAAAGAAACGACCAGAGAUCGGGCAGAGAAUCAAACUUAGCGCUAGUGACAUAGCGCAGACUAAUCUAUUAUAUAAAUGUGCCAAAUGCGGCAGGACAUUAUUGGGCAACUCUGGGUGGUUCAACUCGCCUGGCUGGGGAACCGAGCCAGUGCCCACAACACCAGAACGAUGCGAGUGGAGGAUCGUGGCUACUCACGGAGAAAGGGUCGUGCUCAAUAUCACUGAAAUUGACAUUCACAAGUCUGAAGACUGCCGUUCGGAGUGGGUUGAAAUACGAGACGGCUAUAUGCCCGACGCUCCAGUUUUGGGCAGGUUGUGCGGGUCCGGAAAGGGUCCUAUGAUGAGGUCUACUGGAUCAAGACUCACUGUGGUCUAUCAACCGGGAUUGAGGCUUAAGCCGCAUAGAGGAUUCCGGGCGUUCUACGAAGCCGUUUGCGGAGGUGAUAUAGAAGUGGAUUCGAAUGGACACCUCGAAUCGCCGAACUAUCCUGACGAUUACCAGCCUAACAAACUAUGUAUCUGGAAACUAUCAGUACCACAGGACUACCAAGUUGCUUUGAGGUUCCAUUCGUUCGAAGUGGAAAACCACGAUACAUGCUCCUACGACAAAGUCAAGGUCAGAGACGGCGAUUCAAUGGACAGUCCACUUAUCGGAAUGUUCUGUGGACAUAAGAUACCUCCCGAUAUAAGGUCCACGUCGAACAAGCUUCUGGUGAUUUUCGAGUCGGACAGCACAGUCCAGAAAGCCGGUUUCUCGGCUACGUUCAUGAAGGAAUUUGACGAGUGUGCUUCCAUCGAUCACGGCUGCAGUCACUCCUGCGUGAACACCCUCGGCGGAUACGAGUGCGCGUGCGACAUCGGAUACGAACUCCACUCGGACGGAAAGAAAUGCGAAAACGCAUGCGGAGGAGCGCUCUACGGCCCCAACGGUACGAUCACAUCACCUUCCUUCCCCGAACUGUAUCCUCCGUUGAAGAACUGCCUCUGGGAGAUAGUGGCACCGCCUCAGCAUCGCAUAACGCUGAACUUCACACAUUUCGACUUAGAAGGAAACCAUAUGUAUCAACAGGAAUGUGAAUAUGAUAGUGUAACAGUACAUUCGAAGCUAGGAGCUGAUGUGCUCAGGAGGCACGGAGCGUUUUGUGGGACCGCCUUGCCACCACCGGUCACUUCGGAUGGCUCGGUUUUAAGAGUACAGUUCACAUCAGACGGCUCGGUCCACCGGUCCGGUUUCGCUGCAGUGUACUACAUAGACGUGGACGAAUGCGCCGAGAACAACGGGGGAUGUCAGCACGAGUGCCACAACACGCUGGGAGGAUACGAGUGCGCCUGUCACAGCGGCUUCACUUUACACCCGAACAAGCACGACUGUAAGGAAGGCGGAUGCAAGCAUGACGUUACAUUACCCCACGGAACUAUUUUCAGUCCGAAUUAUCCGGCCGCGUACCCAGCCAGGAAAGAUUGCGUUUGGCAAUUCUCUACCACACCCGGUCAUCGAAUUAAGCUGAUCUUCAACGUGUUCGAAUUAGAGCCUCACCAAGAAUGCGCUUACGACCACGUCACGAUCUACGACGGAGCUUCGGCCGACGUAAAAACGCUCGGCAUAUUCUGCGGCAGUAAGCUCCCGCAUCUGGUCAUGGCAUCUCAGAACCAGAUGUACAUGGUAUUCAAGAGUGACGGUUCUGUCCAGCGAAAGGGAUUUUUGGCUACGCAUUCUACUGCAUGUGGAGGGUAUCUCUCUGCGACGGAAGAGGUGAAGCAUCUCUAUUCUCACGCGCGCUACGGAGACAACGCCUACGAGUCCCGGGCUGAUUGCGAUUGGAACAUCGAAGCUCCACGCAAUCACUUCGUUAAGCUCACCUUCCUGACCUUUGAGCUGGAGAGGGAAGCGAACUGCAGAUACGACUACGUCCAAGUGUUUGGUGGUUUGGGAGGAAGCGGCGGGAACUACGGAACGUUCUGUGGUAUUAAGAUGCCACCUGAAAUCGUAUCAACCUCAGAGGCCUUACUAGUCAGAUUCCGUACCGACGAUUCCUUGGUCUUCAAAGGCUUUUCGGCAUCGUAUCAGAUGGUAAAACCGACUUGGAGCGACGAAGACAGCUUGGAAGGCGGAGAAUAUGAAGCUGAGGAGGAGGACGAGCGCAUGCCUCCCCUGGUGGUGGGGCGCAGGGGGCUCCGGACCCCGGUGGCGCGGUUCGUGCGGCGACCCACGUGACGCUGGCCGCUACCCCGCCACCCGAGACACAGGCGGCCGCAUCGCACCCUCAACAAUCGAUCUUAAUCGCGACGGAUUUAACGGUGUUGUCUGGAAUGCUUUUUUUUUUGGGAAUAUUUUGGUUUUUAUUGAAUUCGGUCAAGUUAGAUGCUCACAAAUUAACCGGAUAAUGUCCUAGCAUAACCCCUUGGGAGUAAAAUAACACUUUUAUUACUUUAUUACU